CGCACCGCACCGCUCCCGCACCGCGCGGCCGGACCCCGGCGCCGCGCCCCGCACCGCGCCUCACUGCGCGCCCCCUUCUCUCUUUCCGCAGCCCUGACAGUAUCUCCCACGCCGCGACAGCUCUCAAACCUACUUUGGGGUCUUAAAACGAAACCGUACACCAUUUCACUGUGGACAUUACACCCUCUUACAGAUAUGGGAGACAUGGGAGACCCACCAAAAAAAAAACGCCUGAUUUCCCUAUGUGUUGGUUGCGGCAAUCAAAUUCACGAUCAGUAUAUUCUGAGGGUUUCUCCGGAUUUGGAAUGGCAUGCGGCGUGUUUGAAGUGUGCAGAGUGUAAUCAGUAUUUGGACGAGACCUGUACGUGCUUUGUUAGGGAUGGCAAAACCUACUGUAAAAGAGAUUAUAUCAGGUUAUACGGCAUCAAGUGCGCCAAGUGCAGCAUCGGCUUCAGCAAGAAUGACUUCGUGAUGCGCGCCCGCGCCAAGGUGUACCACAUCGAGUGUUUCCGCUGCGUGGCCUGCAGCCGCCAGCUCAUCCCCGGCGAUGAAUUCGCGCUGCGGGAGGAUGGCCUCUUCUGCCGGGCUGACCACGACGUGGUGGAGCGGGCCAGCCUGGGCGCCGGGGACCCCCUCAGCCCCCUGCACCCCGCCCGGCCGCUGCAGAUGGCAGCAGAACCUAUCUCUGCCAGACAGCCAGCUCUGCGACCCCACGUCCACAAGCAGCCCGAGAAGACCACCCGAGUCCGGACUGUCCUUAAUGAAAAACAGCUUCACACCUUGAGGACCUGUUACGCUGCCAACCCCAGACCUGACGCCCUCAUGAAAGAGCAACUGGUAGAAAUGACUGGCCUCAGCCCGAGGGUCAUCAGGGUUUGGUUUCAAAACAAGCGGUGCAAGGACAAAAAAAGGAGCAUUAUGAUGAAGCAACUUCAGCAGCAGCAACCCAAUGACAAAACUAAUAUCCAAGGGAUGACAGGAACUCCGAUGGUGGCUGCUAGUCCGGAGAGACAUGACGGCGGUUUACAGGCGAACCCGGUGGAGGUGCAGAGUUACCAGCCGCCCUGGAAAGUACUGAGUGACUUCGCAUUGCAGAGUGACAUAGACCAACCUGCUUUUCAGCAACUAGUUAAUUUUUCUGAAGGAGGACCCGGUUCCAAUUCUACUGGAAGUGAAGUAGCAUCCAUGUCCUCUCAGCUGCCAGAUACACCCAACAGCAUGGUAGCCAGUCCUAUUGAGGCAUGA